AUGACUGUAGUACAAAGCUAUGCCCCAACGAAUGUAGCAGAAGUGGAAGUUAAGGAAGCCUUUUACAGUUGUCUCACAAAAGUAUUGAGUGAAAUCAAUAAGGGUGACAUAGUCAUCUUAAUGGGUGAUAUGAAUGCCCAAGUUGGUCAUCACAAUAAGGGGUUAGAGGCGACGAUGGGCCGUCACGGGUUAGGCACGAUGACUGAGAAUGGCGAGAUGUUCACCGAACUUUGCGCUAAUUUUAAUCUUGUUAUAGGAGGAACACUAUUUAAUCAUAAACGCGUCCACAAAAUAACGUGGACAUCUCCAGAUAGAAUGACUGAAAAUCAGAUUGAUCACAUAGCAAUAAGUCGUAAAUGGCGCGGUUCCCUUAUGGACACGCGGAAUAAACGUGGAGCUGAUAUUGCAAGUGAUCAUCAUCUCCUAAUUGCGUCAGUCAGACUCAAAGUUGCGGCAGUUAGCAACUCGAAAAAGAAGAUGCAGAAAAAAUUCGACGUAGAAAAACUGAAAGAUGAAUCUACCUGCGCAAGGUUUAUCGAAUCGUUAAAUGCAUCUGUUGAAACAGAACAUACUCUAACUAGCGACUGGAAAAGUAUAAAACAAACUUUCCUAAAAGCAGCGGAAUACAGUAUUGGAUUCAAAGAAUACAAACGAAAAUCCUGGAUCUCAGACUCCACAUGGUGGUUAAUAAACGAACGUAGAGAAAUAAAAAAUCAGCUUAAUUCCGCAAAGACGAGAUCCGCCAAGUCGGCAUUACAAAACACUUACACAAAAACCGACAAGCUGAUAAAGAAAAGCGCGAGAACGGAUAAACGAAUCUGGAGUGACAAUUUGGCUAGAAAAGCGCAGGAGGCCGCGGAAACGUACCGCACUCGUGACCUGUACCAAACGAUACGGCAACUGACCAACGUAACACUCAAAACCUCCAAACCGCUAAAAGAUGAAAAUGGAAAAUUGACAACGGCCAAAGAUGAGCAGACUACCAUCUGGGAGCGUUAUUAUGAAAAAUUGCUUUCACCAACCUCGUCGGAGGCUAUUCAGUCAUGCGGUUGCCAACGUCAUUUACAAAGACGUGACAUUCACACCUCGCACCCGAAUGAGACGGAGAUAAUGACUGCUAUCAGAGCAUUAAAGAACAACAAAACUCCUGGGCCGGAUAACAUCAACCCAGAACUCCUAAAAGCUGAUCCUCAGACGACUGCGCGGAUACUGUUUCCUCUACUUAAAGAUAUCUGGACCUCAGAAAAGAUACCGGACGAGUUGAAGGAAGGUGUUAUUACUCUUCUUCCGAAGAAGGGAAAUUUAUCGGAAUCCGUUAGUGAUAUCGCUGCACAAACUGGACUUAAAAUUAAUAUAGCGAAGACAAAAUUCAUGCGCAUCAAUACAACCGAAACUCCAAAUCUACAGAUCGCGGGAACAUGCCUCGAAGAAGUCGACGAGUUUUGCUAUUUAGGUAGCAUCAUAUCUAAAAACGGUGGAUCAACAGCCGAUAUACGAAACCGUAUAUCGAAAGGUCGUGCUGCCUUCGGCAUGUUGGAUAAACCGCGCAAGCGCAACGAAACGUAUCGACGCGGCGUACGAUGUGGCAGCAACGCGCCGCUUUGCAAUGCUCGCACGCCGCUAUCAAUGAAGUUCGUUUACACCGUGUUCGUUAUAUGUACACCUGUACCGGGUGGACGAAUUUCUCAGCAACCAACAAAAACCAACGAACGAACGACCAACCGACCGACUGUGCUGACGAUCAAUGUACCAUGCAACGAGUUAACCGUAACCUUGCAGCAAGUACAGCUGCAACAACAACAGCAAGAGCAUCAACAGCGGCAGCGGCGGCGGCAGUUGGACAGCGACACAUCAAAGUGA